CUUGCUUCCCCUUCAGUCCUCACCGGGACACAGACAAAGUUACGCACUCGGAGAAAGGUCAAUCGGUCGGCUGCUCCGCUUGUCGAGUACCGGAGUUCUCGUUAACCGCUCGGUCCGGUAACCAGGUGGAAAAUUUUUCAUUGUUCUCGCGUCGCGACACAACUUCGACCGACAUCUUCGAUUAAUCUCAUUUUUUUUUAUUAUUUUUUUGUUUUGUUUUCGUUAUCAUCUGUCCGGUCGCCGAUCCGCAUCAGUUGACGAAUCUCGCGAGCACCUUAUCCUGUUCGGGAGCGAGUCGCGACAGACCGGCUGACGCGUCGGUAAAUCGGGUCCCAGUUCGGGCAAGGUGGAUUCGAGGUGUGCAGACAGGUUCCCAGUUCCCUUCACGGUUUUGGUACUCAUGUAACGGGCUACGCAGCCAUCCGGGCCGCUUUACACGAGACUGCACGUCUCCGGGUAAUAUCGUGCCGCAGCUACGUGCGACCGGGAAACAGAUGGGUGAAGACAUGUGGAGGCUUUGGUUCACGAAACUGCUACUCCUCGCGGCUCUGCUGCUAGCCGCGGCUCCAGGAUCGCUGUCAGAGGAUGCGGAAUCGUUAGCAGAUAUUGGCGUGCCAAGGCUGGAAAGGGACCUGCAAGGGGUGACCACGGUUCUCCUAGUCACGGCCAGACCCGGCAAGUCGGUCCCGCCGGUCGGCCUGCUCACGAAAACCGCGAGAACGUUCGUGCAGGACGGUGCCAGCACGGAGUUCGCUACCCAGGUGCUCGGCACCACCCUCGACAAUGGUCGCCUGUACGCUAGAAUCUUGUCCACGUCGAGUAGGGUCUUCUACGACAAAGAACCAGCGCCGGAUACGCCGAGACCCUACGUGGUAUACCCGUCGAGAGCGCCUGACGACGAUUGGCAGUUCAGAGUGGCUCUCGACAACGCGCCCGUGAAGGUCCUCAAGGAGAUAGAGACGUCGAACGCCGCGGACUCCGAACAGAAAUCCGAGCAUCAAGAGGACAACGAGAAAGCUGCGACGAAGCUGGACGAGAUGUCCAGGGAGAACGACAUCUUCAGCAGACGGGAACUGAGCCCCGAACCUCAGCGAUUCAAGCCAGCGAAGGUUAGGACCGCUGAUAAUUUACCGACGUUCACGGUCAAGCACGAAUACGUGACCAGCAGCUUCGACAGUCCAGAAGACGAUCAGCCGAAGAAUUUCAGGCCUCGGUUGCCGAAGAUCUUCAAACCCCAGCCGAAAGUUGGUAUGCAGAAGAAGGUUGAUGCGAAGCCUUUGGCUACCGUGACCUACCAUGGUUUCGCCGAUUUCACUACCACCGUGGGCGAGACUGUCAUUGUCUUCUCUCCGAGCACUUCGCCGGCUCCCGUUGGACGUCCUGCUACUACGAUCAAGGGAGACGCGACUUUAAGGCCCGACGACGGCGUUGCUGUGCUCAAGGUGAGGCCCACCAGCGUCGUCUCGGCACCGAAGAAAACCGCUCAGCAUCCCGAUCUCGAGCAGCAGCCUGUUUUGAAAGCCGGGUCCGGCGAUCCUCUUUUGGAUGUCAUUAACGGUGCUAACAUCCAACCGAGCAUGACCGAGGAUUUCGAGAUGGAGUCGUCUACCUUGUCCACCGAGCCUCUUCUUCUGAUCCCCGACGUGGACACGAAAUCCCUGAAAGCUACUGGGCUGCUCAAAGUUGUAGACUCAACGACGUCUAUGGAUGGCACCACUACCCAUUACAAGAGCAUGAUUUAUGGCACAUAUAUUGGAACCGAUUACGCGCAGAUCAUUCACACUUCCUCGAACGUUUACUUCUUCCCUGACGAAGCUACUGUCACGUACGACGCUGACGAUACCACCGUUGAUUACGGAACGACCGUCGUAGAAGGGACCGAACCUGAGCAGGAAACUACCUUUGACGCGCCAAUUGGCACUACGCCUAGAGCGAUCCCCACUGGCGAAGAAACCCCGCAGGAGAUGAACGAACUGACUACUCCGCUCAGAGACACCACCGACAGUGUGUUGACCACCCUGAAGGACAUCUUGGAGAGCGCUAGGAGGGUCUUGGAGACCACCGAGUCAGCUAGGCCUUCGUUGGAAGACGACAUUCCGAAUGACAUUGUUCCGGGUGAUCCUCAAGGAAGAAGCAUCAAAGGUGACACAUCUAAGAACGAUAUCGGACCGAAGCACAGGAAUAAGUUCGAGGAUCAGGAAGAAAAGGCGAUUCUGGCUACCAGACUCCUGCCAUCCACGGUGUACAAGACGUUCACCUACUUCACGACGUUCUUUAUUCCCGAUGGCGCGCAAACUACCACUUCGGUGCGUUCCAGGGAAGUGGUUUCCUCGGAAGUCACUUAUCUGACAGAGCUGAUCGCAGCUAACGCGACUGCCGCUCCAAUUCUUCCGACUGCAGUCUUGGCCCAGCCAAUGGCAACUCAGACGACCUCGAGUUUGAUCAUGGAGGAGGAGCAGACCACCAAGCAGGACGAAGAAAUAGAGCUGAUAUUUAAGACACUGUAUACGACUUACACGUAUCUUACGACUUAUUUCCAAGAGAACACGUCGAGUGUCUCCAGCCGAGAGGUUGUAGAGACGAACGUCGUCACUCAGACCGUUGGACCUAAAGGAGUAUCUGCUGUGGUCGCAGAUUUAUUCGAGAAAGAUCAGUCCGUUUAUAUAGCUCCAACUAAGAUCGUGGACACUAUCGAGCCCUCCGUGUUCCCUCAAUUCAACGAGAAAGAAACCGAGAAAUAUCCGACGACGUUGGAGCAAACGACAGAGGAUACUCUGACAACUAUUCAGGAUCAAGACACUACUACCGAUCAGAAUAUUCCUACCGAACCGGGAACAACCACCGAGGAUUUCACCGAGGACACUUCAGAAACGGUGCCAAACAUCGAACCGAGUCCGACUCCAGCGUUGCCAACGGAGGCUGUCAAAGAGCAGACCAAGACCUACUACACGACGUACACUUACUUCACUACCAUCUUCGUCGACGAUGAGACGGAAAUCGAGACCAGAACCGAGGUGUUCACUAACGUCGUCACCGAGACGAUUCAACCGACAGCUGUCUUACCAACUACGCAAGAGACCCAGGCUCCUACCACGCCGAAAGAGGAACCAGCGAAGCCGGCAGUUCCUCCAGAGAUCCUGGCAUAUCUGGAAGCUCUCCAGAGGCAGAAGUCUCAAGAAGAAGCGCUCCAACUGGCAAAGAAGGUGAAAGAGCAGGCAGCAACUCAGCCUGGCGACAGUCCAAUCGUGAACGAAGCCAACACAGAAACCACGGAAUUCUCGACCACGGUGGAGGAUCAGCCAGCAGUUGAUAAUCACUUCCGUGGUUUCGAGGUCAAUGCCCAGGUGACUCCCAAUCCACCUGUCGAUGGCGAGGUCCUUGGGUCUAUGAUCACCGACGUGGUGUCUUCUUCUAGCUCCGGCGGCGGCACAGUUCUGGAUUUGAUGGAUAAGAGAAACGCGGUUCCGGAAGAUCAAGAAUUAUCGGAGUCUAACCAUCACGACGUCGAACCUGCGCCAACUCUGCUCCUCCAAACGAGUUACACUACCUUCACGUACUUCACGACCAUGUACAAGGGUGACGAAUCGAACGUUGUCAGUCGCCUCGAGACUGUGACCAACGUCGUCACGGAGACUAUCAGGCCAACCGCUGUAGCGCCUAUGGAAACCAGCACCGUGCCAGUUACUUACUUCACAACGUUCACUUAUUGGACGACGUUCUACAAAGGUGGUGACACCGUUACCACGAGUCGCGAGGAGACUGUCAGCAACGUGGUGACUCCGGGUGUUACGCCAACGCCCACGGUGGAGCUUGGUGUUGUUAUGACGUACAGGCCAUCUACGGGAUCCACCGAAGAUAGUCCUGUCGUUGAAGGGGAGUCCAAGAUAACCGCUGACAAUGAAGUCACGCCAUCGGAUGUCGUUCCACUUGAAAACUCCAGGUCGGAGCCGGCUGAGAAAACGACCGUCAAGGACGUCACCGAUCCUCCCGUGGUACCCAUUGUUCCGGAGUCUUCUACCAUUUCGCCCGAGCCGACCACGUAUUAUACUACUUACACUUACUUCACGACCUCGUACAUCGGCAACGAGACUAUACUGAACAGCAGAUUGGAGACUGUUACCAGUGUUUCCACGCCUGAUGUUGUUGCUACGCAACCAGCAGCUACUGGCAGAGCGAUCGACGGGCCGGUGUAUCAACAGAGCAUUCCAACCGUCGAUAAGCCUGUGACACCGUCGAAAACCAGCGAAUCACCCAAGAUAGGUUUGAUUUCGACUAUCAGGUCCAGUCAAGUGAACGACGGAACCACGACUCACUAUAUGACGGAUGUGCAUGGCACGUACAUAGACGGACUGUACGCUCAGAUUGUCCAGAGUUCAACUUCGGUGGAAACGCCACCGUUGCCAUCGUCGUCUAUCGCUACUCCUGUCCUCCCGACCGGUGUUCUGUCGAUGAACAAAGGCAGCGUGGUGGACGCCGACGAAGUGACCACGAUUUACUUCACCACCAAACAGAUCGGCACCUUGUUCGAUGGCUUGUACGCCAAGGUGAUCGAGAGUACCUCCAGUACGAAAAUCAACGAGGAGAGGAAGGCAACCAUUCCGCCUACUCAGGGUCACAGAACCGGGCUGGUGAGGCUGAUACACGGUCAGAUCGAGAACAACGGAACGACCACGUUCUACCAAUCGAAAGUAAUUGGUACCAGCAUCGAAGGCAGGUACGCCCAGAUCAUCGAAAGCACUUCCAGUUUCUCUUCGGCAACGCCGACCUUGAACAUCGCUCCAACGUCAACGCAACCGCCCACGAAGCCGACAGAGGUUCCGGAGAUAUCUCCUUCGCCGGCUGUGAUUCAGUCUUCGCUGUCCGAAGACCCUACGACGGAAUCUCCUGAUCAGGACGAAGACUCCGAACAGAACGAUGAGAACGAAGAGGACGACGAAGAUGGCAAGGACGGGCAGAGUUCGAAAAAGAAGUCUCGAUUGACUUUCUCCACUAGGAAAAGGUCGUUUACGCCGGCGAUCAGACCAUUCUCCUCCAGGAACAGGCCGACGUUCAAUCCGAAACGGAAGGGUGCACAAGGUGCUACCACGAUUACCCGAACGGACAUAACUCCGACCAUAACGGCCACUUUAGCUGGCAAAGGCAACAGAUUUGCAUCGUCCAGAGGUCGAGUGAGUUCUCCGAUUGGGCCGUACUCUUCGACAUUGUCACCGUCUGGGUCGAGGAGAUUCAAUGGAAGAAGGGGAUCUCCUAGCACAGCCAGUGCGUACACUUCGGCUGCGUCGGGAAGCAGCAGAGGCAGGCCACAGACCAGGAUAUCUCCGUCGUCGGUAUUCCAAGGAAACAGGCGGGGACCUACGUCGAUCAGAGGUUCCUCGGCCAGAGCUGCGACACGCGGAUCGAGCUCCGCUUAUCCUGGAGCCUCUACCAGGUUCAGAUCACCCAUUCGACCAUCCUCGACGUUAUCGAGAGGUCAGGCAACCGUCAGACACGAGGAUCAGGAGAACGACGCCAACGAAUUCACUACUACCACCUUGGUGACAGAGGAGACUCCGUAUACAGAGGAUUUCGACGGUGGCGAGACCGUAACGGUGCCGCUGCAGACGACCACGGAGUCCUCGAGAAGGUCCACGAAUCCUCUGCUGAGAUUCCGCAGACCGAUUAGUUUGAACAACUCAGGGAGAACAGGUACCACUACCAAACCAUCGACGACACCUCGGAGGAACGGAAAUUUGAAUAGACCCACUCCACCCUCUAUCCCGAAGGUGACGAACAGCAGAUCCAGCGGUAGAACUGUACCGAUAUCAACGAAACCACGACAGGGUAGCACAGGGAUAUUUCCGCCUAGAGGAUUAUUUGGAAAGAAACAAGAGCUACCCACCGAUGAGCAAGUAGAACCGACCGAGGAAUUGGACGGCGAGGGGGAGGAAAACUUCGAGGACGAGCCCGUGGAAGAGAUCACCGACAACGACUACGAGGGAUCGGAACACGAGGACAGAACCACGAAUCGACGUUCCGGUAAAUCUAUCAGUACUGGCGUGCAAAUCAGACCGUUCACAAGGGGCAGACGAGUACGUCGGCAGGCUAGUCAGCUGAGGACGUAUUCGAGUCGCUUCCGCCGACCGGGCGCGAAAGCCGAGGAGAAGACGGACGCGAGCGAGACCGCUGCCAGCAAAGACGAGAGCGGAAAGUCUGCGCCUAAGCCGAUAGCUCGGUAUAACAAUCGCGGCAGGUCGUUGACGACGUCACGGCCGCCGCCAAAGACAGCGAACAAUCCGGAGAAAACGUCGGCGGAGACGACGGAGUUAACUCAGAGCAAGGUGCGGCCACGAGCAAAGACGACCGGCGAGAGGAGCACCGCUUCUUCUAGAAUAAAACCAACCCCGACAUCCGGUAACGGUAGGCAAUUCACACUGAGGGAGAAAGAGGGGACCGGUGCGAGCCGAUCGAACUAUAAAAGACCUAACUCUUCAGGAAGCUCCUCCCGAAGCAACGGCAGAACGUCGAGCAGCUCGGACAGAGUGAGACCUCCGAGGUUGAGGAACGCAUCGAACAAGUCCUCCGAAUCGUCGUCGUCCGGUUCGAGGCGAGUCCCGCCGUCUCGCGCUUCGUCAAGGUCGCCGGGUAGGAACGGUAGUAGGAGAUCGUCGUCGCGCCGGGGAUCCCUCGAGGAUAUUAGGGAGUCGCCCACCAUUUAUCCCGACUAUGACGGAACGAUUACGGUGACCCAUUACGUCCCAACCGAGGUGACGAUCCCUGUGGUAAAUAACGGAGUCACGGAGCAGCGUAGCAUCGUAACGGCCCAGCCCAGCACCGAGGUUCUCGGACCCUCUCAGUAUAGCACGGUGACAGGUGGGGACGGCAGGCCGCUGGUGGUAAUCGUUAGCGAGGUCACCGGUACUAACCUUCAAGGUCAGACCGAGGUCACCCGAUUUCUGCUCCACGAGACGUCCACCACUCGGGUUUCCCACACGCUGACCACUCUAGGCGGCCGCAGAGCCUCGCAGUCGGUAAUCGUCCCCACGACCGUGUAUUCCGUAGAGAACGUAGUGUCCACCGUACAGCCGUCCUUGCAAGGGAACGCGCCUCUCGCGAACAUCCUGCUAUCGCAGCUGCUUCUCGGUCAGUUAGGUCAGGCUAAUCCCCUGCUGCAACCCCAGGGUACGCCGUCGACGCAGUAUAACACGCGCACCACCUCGUACGUCACGACGAUCACGAAACAGCAGAGCACCGUGAUCCCGCUAACGUUCCGCGGUAAGGAGAUCCUGACGACCUUGGUAGACACCUCGACCGACGUCGUCACCGCGACAGAGUUCAUCACGGACACGGUGGUCGUCACGCCCACGGCGGCCCUGCCCGCUGCCAACCUGAACUCUCUGUUGCUGUUGCUCCAGCAACCCCAGCAACCGGUCAAGAACUCGAACCCUCUGCUGGACCCCGUGUUCGCCGCGCCCCCGUUCACCCAGAGCAACACUUUGCCCGGUGAAGUCGAGAGGCGACACCAGCCAGCCGACUCCGAUUACAAGCAAGACAGCUACGAGUACUCCGAAGACGACGACGAGGUGCAGGAGUACCAGAAGUCGUCGAGGCCGCGCAACGGCCGCGGCAAGUCGAACGACAAGAAGGAGGAUCAUCGUUCUAGCCAGGCGAAGGAGGAGUCCAGCGUGGUCACGCUCUACGUUUCCGGCCGGAGGCCCGGGGAGUUCAGCACUGUUCUCAGCACCGUGAAGGUCGGCGACAUGGUUAACUCCUCCAGGAGGCGAAGGGACGCCGAACACACGGUCGAGGUCCGUCCUUCAAUCCCGGCGUCUCUGCACGCGGGAUCGGAGGAGAUCACAACCCUGGCGGGAAGCGAGGAAUCACUGGACGUUCACACGCCGACACAGAGUCUCGAGAGUGUAGUGGGUGACUGGUCCGACGAGGUUGCCCCGAGAGCUGCGGGCCCGACCGAGGAUAACGACGACUACCUCGAAGAGGCGCCGAGGAAACGGGUCAGAAUUCGCGUGCCCGUCGUCAGGAAGCACGGUAGGCAGCACAAGCUGACCGUCGUCAGACGUAGACCCCUAAGCCCGAGGACCCAGGAUCCUCCGUUGGCUACCGCGAGUCACACGCCUAGAAGGAUCGUGGUCACUAGGGUGAGGACACUCGGUCUGGCUAACUCGAUACACACGGACGAACCGGAGAGCUUCAGGCCCGAACCCGGACGACACAAGGUGACCAUCACUAGACGUCGCAAGAUCGAGCCGACGUCCGUUCUACCGACCACCACUGCCGAUAAGAGACCCAGGAUAACCAAGAAGAGACUGAUCGGUGUUAGACCGGUGCAACCGACGCCGAGCUUUGCCAUCAUCACCACUGGAUUCUUCACUGCUCCGACUUCCGAGUACGAGGAUUACUCGGAAGAGAUUGAGGACGAGACAGAGGAGCCUAAACUAGAAGUCAGCACCACUUUUACGCCUGAACUGCAGGAACCUCCUAACGUUAUCGACAACAAGCCUGACGCGGAGACAUCCGCUGGCGCUGAGGAAACUGUGUCGAGAGUGCUGGAAGAGUCCAGUGUGAACGACCCUGUUAUCAUCACUGACAAUUUCUUCUUCCCACCGGGCGAAGACGAGUACAUGUACGAAGACGAGUAUCAAGUGAUUACGACAACCGAAAGCGGGGACGAACCGUCGAGCGAAGAUAUUUCAACGACGGUCGAAUCGCCGAUCAACGACGAAAACGUUGUGUCCAGCAACGAUGAUGUUACAGCUUCCGAGACACCUGCAAAGGAGAUAGUCACAACUGUGGAACCUAAAGAGGACUCGGAGGAAACAGCAACUGAAAUGGUCUCCAAAGAAGACGAGACACCCGAAGAGGUCUCGACAACCGCGAAACCGAUUGAAGAACCAAGCACGCUGCCGGAGGAAGAAACCGUGACUACGCCAUCGGAUAAUAUCGAACCGACAUUGCAAGAGGACGAUUCUUUCACCAUUGAUCGUCCCGAUAUUAAAGAAGAAGGGAAAGAACAAACAACCGAAAAGGUGAUGGAAACUACAGAGUUUAUAAACGAAACUACAGUUAUAAGCGUUCCCGAAGAUCAGCCCGAAACGAGCACGCACGCCGAAGAGGAUAUCGAAACAGUCACCGAUGUACCCGAAAGUACCGAGCAGCCUGUGUUAUCCGCGGAGCCAAUUGAAUCGCAAACUGAAUCGGAGCCGAAAGAUUAUUCUUCGGAAGAAGGCUCCGAGCACAAUGUCGCUCCUGCGCAAUCCACAGAGAGCUUGCUGAAAGAAGACGUAGAAUCCCGCGAUGCUUCGAUAGAACCAACCGUUCAGCCAGAACCAAAGAAAACUGCGCUAGAUGAGGAAGGAAAAGGUGUUCAGAAACCGAUCGCAGAGACGACAACGAAGUCUCCGAGUAAAGAAGAAGCGCCGACAGUGCAACCGAUUCCGCCGGUCACUGAACCCGCGCCGCCGUCACCGGUUGCUUCAAUGGACACGACGUCGUCGUCAUCGGUUACUUCAUUGGACACGUCGUCGUCGUCACCGAUUACUUCAUUGGACACGACGUCGUCGUCAUCGGUUACUUCAUUGGACACGUCGUCGUCGUCACCGAUUACUUCAUUGGACACGACGUCGUCGUCAUCGGUUACUUCAUUGGACACGUCGUCGUCGUCACCGAUUACUUCAUUGGACACGACGUCGUCGUCAUCGGUUACUUCAUUGGACACGUCGUCGUCGUCACCGAUUACUUCAUUGGACACGACGUCGUCGUCAUCGGUUACUUCAUUGGACACGUCGUCGUCGUCACCGAUUACUUCAUUGGACACGACGUCGUCGUCAUCGGUUACUUCAUUGGACACGUCGUCGUCGUCACCGAUUACUUCAUUGGACACGACGUCGUCGUCAUCGGUUACUUCAUUGGACACGUCGUCGUUAUCGGUUACUUCAUUGGACACGUCGUCGUCGUCGGCUACUCCGUUGGACACGUCGUCUUCGACCGAUAUUGCUCCCAGUUUCGCCAGUGUCUUGCCCCUCGAGACGUACCAGUCACCGUCUCCUAACACCCCGAGCCCUAGAUACCUAGACGAUUCCGAAAUACCGAGCGUGAUCCCUCUGGGAGACGAUUACACUCCCUCGUCGGACGCGGAGAUGACCUCGGAGAGCUUCGAGGCCACCCCGAGUCUCGAUGUAACCGAGGUGACGACCUCCAUCUCGUCACCGACUCCCGAGGACAUCGAGGCGGGAUUGGCCGACGACCUGUACCUGUCCCUGUCGAGACCGGACUUCCCCCAGAUCUUACCCUCGAAACCGACCACCGUCGACCAUCACCAGACGAAACCCCCACCCGACCUUGAACCGAGCACGAGCGUUUUCUAUACGGAGACUGUAGUGACAUCGACCAGAUUAAGAACGUACACGUACGUGGUGACGCAACAGAACGGACUGGAGACAAAAGUAACGUCCUCGACGACCGUCAGACCGAGAGUGACGACCCUUACGUUGACGGUGCCCGUCACGGUGACUGUCACUCCUACUGUGGAGUCGUCAGCAAACGCUGUGUCGUCUGUGUAUAGUCCAGUGCCUGCUGCUGGAGAGCACGAAGUGAAAGAUGAAGAAGAAGGUCGAAGGUUCAAUCUGGCCACUCGUGUAAUGUCGAAUGGCGUCGAGGUGAUCGUGGCGGGUCCAACACCGGCGUUGCGAUGGGAGAAUUCUAUGCCGCAGCCCACGCUGACAUUGUCUGACGCGGUCGUCAUGAUGCUUCCUCAAGAUAAGCCGAAUGAAUUUGUCACGAAGACGUGUACUACAACAUUCACAUACCUCACUACGAUCACCAAGGACGGUACAACUACCGUUUCGACGGAACAACAGGUCGUAGCGAAUACUGCUACAGAGGAACGCCACAGGAAGCCCGGAUCGGAAACAGCUGCAGUGACCUUAGAAGCAUCGCCGACCUUGAGGACUGAAAUCUUCAAAACAACGUACACAUACCUAACUCUGAACACCGAUCACCCGAACGUAAACGAUGCGUUAGAGAGCAGCUCUAAAGUGAUCACGAACACAGUGACCGCUCCGCAGCAUUAUUUAGACAUGAUUUUGGAGCCGUCGGAAGCACCUAGACCGGAAACGAACACGUACCUCAGUACGAGAGUGCUGGAAAAAACCUUUAUGGAGGACGAACGGACGAGAAUCGAAACCACUAGUGAUACUGUUACACAGCUUAUAAUAACGGAAUCCGCACCGCCGCCGCGUCCGACAAGCGUUACCACCACUCUGACAGCAUUGGAUCACACCGAGGAGAGCAUGACUGAUGUAAUGAAGACUUAUUAUAUUACCUAUACGUAUUACAAUACGUUCCUGGAGAAAGGUAGCACAGUGGUGCGCACAAACGUGGCGACGUCCACCGACGUUGUCCUGGAGAAAGUACCCGUUAAGAAGACCACGAAGACAGCAUUGGUGAACCCGACCCCUGAACCCAUUCAAAUCUUCGCGACAAAGACGUAUCUGACGACCUUUACAUACUUUACAACAUUGCUGCAGGCUGGAGCAGAUGGAGAAACAUCCACCACAGUGUCGUCACGAUCUCAUAUCGUGGAGAACGUCGUCACGGAAUCGAUAGCGCCUAGUUUACUGGAUGCAGGAUACAUGAAUGCUUUGCUGACAACAGCACAUCACUCUGACCCAGUAAAGAACGUGGUAACCGGAUCAACGAUCAUCUUUUUCGACGAGGAGGAUCAGAUCGAUCCCACUACCACAAACUUCCCAGAAUCUACCGCCACGGUUGACAAUCAGAAAGACGAAACUUUUGCCGCGAGUUUGUUAGCAACAGAAUCGUCUCCUGUCGCAAGCGAAUCGAACCUGAAGCCCGUCGUACAGAACAAUCAGGAAAACAACGUAACUACGCCAGCUUCCGGUGAAAACGGUCCGAACAAAAGACCAGCUAACCAGAACGCAAGCGAUCUUCAAGUGAGCAAUCUCCUGAGUCUGGGAUCACUGGGGAUCAACGCGUUGGGUCCAGUUAUUACGGCGAUGGCCGGUUUGUUGCAAGGAAAAUCCACGAUGACACGCAGAAAUGAUACGGUGCCACAAGCAGAAUCUCUGGAAGUUACCACCCAAAGAUCACCGAUCUACAUACCAGUCGCCGAGUUUGCUGACGGGGACAUAGAAACCGCUGAAAGUCAAAAUAUAGGUACUCAUCUCGCCAACCUGAAUCAUAACUACAUAGCAGAAACGCGGCACAAAGUAGCAUCCAGUCUGGCGGAUGGAAUCCCGAUUUCGCCAGGUGAAGUGAUCACCGCGAACAGUGACGUUAUCAUCGGCAAGCCAGGUAAAAUGGCGCCCAGGCCUCCGCAAACGUACUUAGGUGACGAAGGACACAUUGGCAUGAAACCACCUCCGUUACCAGUUCCUAAUAUUCCGGUGCACCCAGUUCUCGAGGUUGUGGAGAAUGAUCGAGACGAUUCGCAGUCGCAAGAAACGAUUCAGUUCCACAAAGGACCUCAGAUACAGAUAUACCCAGCGCACCAGGUUUAUGAAGAACACCUGAAGAUCCCGGUUUCAAUACCUGUAGAAACGAAUCCGGUGUUGAUACCUAAACAACCUCAGAAAUUGCAUCCUGUUCAGUCAUCGCCGCCGAAGAGACUGGGAUCGAAGCAGGAUGCCCUGGAAAAUGAUCCUCUGUUGAAGCCGCCCGACAGGCCAAACGUGGAACAGUACGCUAAUCCUAAUUCGAACUUGAAGGAGCCGGAAUGGAGUCCUGAGAAAUCGAGAAGACCUUGGAGCGCCAAGGAUCCUGCGAAGUUUGGGGUGCCUCAUCCACAAUUUGAUCAGAAAAUGGACUCCGCGAAGCCACUGUUAGAGAAACCAUGGCCAACGGUUUCAACUGAAGAGCAGAAGCGACCGUUAUGGGCCCAGCAGGAUCCUUUGAUUCCAGGAUCUUCUAUUGUCAUCCAAAGUUCGGAAUCUAAACCCACGAUAUCAGAGCCUAUUGUCCAUCAAGUGCCUCAUGUCAUCGACAGAUCCACAGGCCAGCCACUGUUAGUCAACAUUCAACCCAGUCAGGUUGCCAAUGUCGUGAUUCCUCAAGGUGGCACUCAAGCUCUUAUAUUCGGCGAUACGAGUGAACCCCACAUAAGCGGACAAUAUUUCGAUGAUCCUUCGCCUUAUCCGGAAUCUGACAUUGGUUUGGGAUUCAUGGGGAUGCAAAGGGUAGAAGAUCUGCAACAGUACCCCAAUGGAAAAGAUCCUGCAGACUAUAUGGUACCACCGUCUCCACCAUUGAACUUCAGAACCCAGGAGAAACCAGGUUCUCCGAAUCGACCAGCCUCCAUUCCUCUAUCACAGGACCGUUUCAAAUACGAAAGGCCGCAAGACAAAUUAGAAACCCCAGUCCUAAGACCCUCGAAGCUGCCAACGGACGUGCGCUUGAUUAGACACUCCAACACUUCAAAUGUUCUGGGUGGGCAAGGUCACAUUCACACAGAGAUCUUGAUGCAUCACCGACCAGAAACGGUGAACGUUCGUCCUCAAGGAGGACUGUACGCUCCGAGUCACGCGCAUGCCCCACCUCGGGGACAAUUCCCGAAGGUUCAGAAACCUGGCGAGUCCGGAAACCCACCUAGAAGAAUAGAAGUGUCGACACCAUCGGACAACUCCCAUCGGUACAUUUUGCUAUCCAAGCCAGACUCGGGGAACGAAAUUCUGUUGAACUCAAAUUGGAAAGAUAAGAAGCCUACGCGGAUUCUAGUGAACAAUAGACCGAGGCCGCGUCCGCCAUUAUGGUCCACGACGAACCGUCCUCUAGACAGGCCGAUCUACGUGGAGAGGCCGAAUAUCAGGAAGCCUAUUUUCAGUGGACCCCAGAGACCUCCGCCGAAGACACAGAAUCAGGGCACGUAUGUACUUCCGCAUCGUCCAAUCAUCAAUUUGCAAAUUCAUCAUGAACCUCCGAGGAUAUCAACUGCCAGGCCAAGCGAUGACGAUGAGGGCGCUACUGAUAGGCAGCCUUCGUUUAGACCUCUUCAGAUCGAUCUCCAAGACAGACCACCGCAUUUCUAUCAAGAGAACAAAAGGCCAUCCACUACUCCAUUGAAACCACAAGCAGAAUACAACGAGGAACACUUGCCCACUGGAGCUAAAGAGUACCACAAUCCUUCGAACCCGAAAGUAAAGCCGGACGACCCUAAGUCAAGUGUGAACGGUCAGAACAUCGAUCAAACGCUCCCUAACUCAGAAAUGCCGUCAGAGUCCUGGCACAAAGAUACUCAAGUGGAUAAGACACUGGACUCCGAGAUUGGAGCGUCCGAAUACGUGAAAUAUCACAACCAGAUAAAAGUGAUUCAAGAACUUGAGAAAUCGAAAGGCGAGGAAGGUGCCAACAUUCCACGCAGUAACGUAACAUUGCACGAGAACUCAGCAUCUGGUAACAUAGUGAUUGGCAAGCCAGUGGGGUUGGAUCAAACUCAAGAGCAAAAAGAGAAACCCAUUUGGUUGAGUCCUGGAGUGCCAUUUGGUCACAAGACCGAGGCUGCUCCUGGCCAGGUGAUAUCCUACGGACCAACAUACUAUAAUACACGACCUAAUGAUAUGGCGAUCGUGCAGGGGAAGCCUUUCGGUGUUUACAACGGUCACAACGAUCCGUCGCAAUAUGGUCCGAAGAGGAAGGAACCCAGGCCUGAUUACGACAUAGUGCAAGGGGUACACACGACUUACUAUGGGAACAGAAAACCAAACGACAAUCUACAUUUGGAGGUGCAGACGUCGACAGCUAGACCCUAUGAUCGUGACGACACGAUAGACCUAAGGCCACCAGCAAUCAUUCCCCAUUUCGGGCCGGAAGUGGACAAACCCAGCAGGUACCCUAGGCCGCCUACUAUAAACAAAGUUGAAACUAGGCCAGCGCUGUAUCUGAGGCCAGAAACCGUGACCCAUCCGUCUGAGAAGAAGCCUGGCCAGGUGAAGCAGCACGUCGAGGUGAAGCCAGAACCUGCGGAAUCGCUUACGAAUAGUACUCUAUCUCACGAAGUUAAAACUAAUAAGAGUCAGUCACAAUUGGGAGGCUUCGUGAACCUGAAUCGGCAGGGUGCUACGAAGGCGCCCGAUCAACGACUGGACGAAUCAAGGCCAAGCGGACAGGAGUCUCACUCGAACAAGAGCGACACCAUCGGAACUACCUUCAGAAACAGUAGCGUGUCUCAGAGACCUGACGUACAUUUCCAAUCUAACCUGGAGAUCGCAAAGCCGACGUUCGAGAAAACUCGUCCUAAGGUGACGUAUCCGGAGUACAGUCCUGGAACCAGGAUUCAUCCGGAGUAUCCCCAUAUCAUUACGAAACCUAGGCCACAGGUUCCAGGGCCAAUAACCAUCACGACAGGUAACAUCAAGCCAGACACCAGGCCAAACAUCAAAUUUUCGCUGCCCGUCGAAGCUAUAGGGCAGGAAGUGGACAGCAAGACGCAAACCGAGCGACCACCGAGCAUGCUGAUCACGGUGACCAAUCCGAACGAGAAGAAGAAGAACGACGAAUCCCUCGAGACUGCUUACCAGACCAACUUCGCGGUGGCGGGCGUGGACAAAGGCGAUUCGAUCGAGCACGAGACCAGGAUCAGACCGGUUGAACCGUCUACUGGGGAUGUGUUAGGUAUCGAAGGAGUGCACGUGCCAUCUAGGGACAUGAUGCCUCCACCUCUGAGACCUCCGGUGCUGAACCAAUCAAAUAAAAAUGAAGAAGAGGAUCUGAAGCCUCCGCCGAUUCCUUCCCACGAUGUUGUUGGACUGUCUCCGCCACCGGUUGACAUCACAACAACUAGCGGCCCCAUGGAAGACCGAUUUCCCUUUGCAAUCGCAAACGACUCUGGUCUGAAGCCUCCACCUAAGUAUAUCCCCUUGAAGGAAGCGUCUGUUGCUCCUCUGCCAAGCGUCAGCAUGAUUCCACCUAGCCCUAGACCCUCCGUUGCUAGGCCUUUCAUUGUGGAACUGCUUUCUCAGGACAUGGUACCACCACCACCAGCGACGCAAACUACCAGACCUCUCGAAAUAGCAACAAUUAGGCCAGCAGUCGCAGUGUCUGGUUCGAUACAAAUCGCUACUGCCGUUGCAACCUCCCACAUACCAGUCAUCCACGAUAUCGAGUCGAAAAUACCAAUCAUACAUGGAACUGUUGAUCUUCCAGUGGUCGUUGACGUUCCUGAGAUUCUCAGGCCGGCUGAGACCAGGAUGACAGAGCAUGUUAGCAUCUACACUGUUCGGCCGUUUGACACCAAGCCUGUGUCCAGAAUAUCUAUACAACCAACGCCGAUGGUGUCGACGAACCAAGUGAUUCCAACAAAGCUAAAACCUCUGCAAGUGGACCACAUUCAACCAAGCAGAUCGUCGUCUAGCAGUCGAGACGUCGAGCCGACCAAGUCGUACACGUUCGAUAUACCCCGAAAUCCUGUGAAGCGACCCGAGCACCCGGUAUUUUUGGAAUCCAGUCACGAGAAUGUUUUGCCAUCGAGCAGAGUGGAACCGACCGAAUCUUUGACUCCUUCGACCACCGCGAGUCAAAAGAAGGAUGAACGAUCGACGAUGAAGAAGGACGAGAGCACGAAGGUGGCUACUCCGCAAGCAACGGAAGUCAAACGAAAGAACGAGACGACCAUCAAUGAAUUACCUAGUGUGGUGACCAGGGUUGACAGUUCGAUAACGAAGGUAACAAGCAUGUUGCCGGACAAACAUCAAGGAAAGAUCGUGCCGGUGAUUAAAAUGACGAAGGACAUUGCAACCAGUUCGACGCGCAAAGCUGUUAACGGUACCACUACGACCAUGCAGAUGAAGCCGAAAGAGGUGACGAGGUUCCAAACGUCGACGGUGACAAGAAUCGAAACCUCGGUUCUGGGUUCUCCGCCGACAACCAGAACUCUGCUUAUCACGCAUACACUGACAUCGACCACAGUCGAAACAGUGACCGAGACCUUGCUACGUCCGACGAGUGUGAUAUCGACGAUAACGUCGACGAUUCUGCAGUCGAUCGUGACCAGAAUACCGUCGACAUAUGAGAACGUGGUAGACAACGAUUCCAUCUUCGUAGUGAUGAGCGACCAGAAGCCACCAGCGCCUGGGGCAGAAGAGGUCGAGGCUGAGUACGGUGACAUUUCGAGGGACGAACAAGACCCGACCGGGAACGAGAUUCACCAAGUCCUGGCUGGCGGUGUUCUUGGAGCACCUGUGGUGUCUUUCCAACCUGUUACUAAUCAGUGCACACCCGAGUGUAGGGCUUCCAGAGCUGAGAUUUGUGCAGAAGUUGAGGGCGAGAUGAGAUGUAUCUGUCGACCUGGAUUCGCCAGAAUGUUCCCUGAUCGGCCCUGCAAACCAACCUACACCUACACCCUACGAGUUGGCCUAGACCGCAUCGGGCACGAAACGGUGAAUUAUGAAUUCAAGAUGAACGACACGACAUCACCAACUUACAAAAGACUGCUAGGUCCGACUAAGGAUGCAUUAGAUAGGACUCUGAUGCAGAGCGAUCUGAGAGAUAUUUACAGGGGCUUGAAGAUAGCCGGUUUCACGCCUGAUCCAACGAAAGUUGAAUUCCACGUUCAGCUUAGCGACAACGCCAAUGAGACAAGAUUAAAAGAAGUUCUUCAGAAAUAUUUGAUCGGAAGCAAUUACAGCUUGGGAGGCACCGAGGUCUAUGCGUCGAAGAAUCUCGAGAUGAUUGAUGCAAUCGAUUUCGACGAAUGCAUAACAGAGGAAGGAGGUCCUCACCAUGACUGUUCACCAAACGCGGCUUGCUUCAACUUACGAGGUUCCUAUCAAUGUUCCUGCAGGGAGGGCUGGGCUGAUCUGUCUGAAAAUCCAGCCUAUCCUGGACGUUUGUGCUCUCAGGCCCCAUUAGGCUGCCCUAGCUGUAAUAAUAAGGGACACUGUGUCACGAACACUAAUGGACAAGAAGUCUGCGAGUGCUUCCCAUGGCACAGUGGUCAACGCUGCCAAGUAAAUCUCAAAGUGCUACUGAUAGCUCUGGUUACGACCGGGGCGAUAUUGCUGGGUCUUCUGGCGGUGUGCGUGGGUAUGGCGUGUUUCCGUCACCCCAGCCGAAAACGGCAGGCCGGCGACAGAAGAGCUAUGAUUCCUGGAACAGGCGGUGACACCAGCAGCGAAGGCAGUGCCACGGAUCUGGCGAUUCCCCAUCAUGUGCCGCACGUUCUGCCGCCUCCGCCGCAGAUGAUAGCACCCUUGCCGCCGACCAAGCGACCGGCUCGCAAGAUCACCGGAAAACCUCGGCAGCCGCCGAGAAAAGCCACUAUGGUUUCUGCUUCAGUGCCAGUAAACGACGAACAACGAGAUCGUUCACUCACUGUGAUGAUUCCCCGUGCUAAAUACAGAUCAGCGCCCCAAUCUCCACAAAAUUACAAGUCCGGAAUGAGCACGUUCUCAACAGAGGAGCACAAACUGCUCAGUUACCUCGACAACGGCACGCACAAUACCGGAAACAGAAAACAAAGUAUAACCAGCAUGAAAGACUGCAAGGAGGCCGAUGUGCAGGUCAUCAGAACUCCGGCAACACCAACUGGCGCCCUCGUCAGCGCUGGUUUCCAGGUCUCUGCAACGGUGACUCGAAUAAUGGACGCUGACUCGACGUUAGCUCGAUCAUGCGGCGAGACCACAGUGGAAACGGCGACCAAGGUUCUACGAACGACUGAUCCAGGUGAUCUCGGAUCGACUCUGCCUCGCUCCUGCGGAGAGACAACCAUCCAGGCGCCCACGAAGUUGCUGAGACUCGAUUUAGGGGAGGCCGGUUCUACUCUGGCUAGGUCUUGCGGAGAGACAACGAUCCAACCGCCGACCAAAGUCGCUGACGCUCGGAGGAGCAGUAUCAAGGAUAACAGAGACAACAGAGACACCCGGGACAGUGCCAGUGAGGGGCACACAAUGGCUGAGAGGGAUCUGGGAAGCACGCUGAGACUUCCGGCGCAGCAUCCGCCUCUUUAUAACCCGGAUAGGGCCAGCGAUCGGGAAUCAAACUUUGACUCCCUCUAGGCAUCAAGGAUUCUUGAGAAAUAGAGUAUUCGGUCGACGGAUACUAGCCGUGGACGAAACCGCUGGACGGUAAUCUCCAUAGGUUCGCGAAACCGUUCAAUGAAAAUUCGUCGCUGCCAAACGGACGUAGAGAAUAUCGGAAAUCGAGUCGCCUGACGGAGGAAAUUGUGAAAAUCCACUUAUCUUGAACGCUGUUGGUCGAUAAAACGGGAUCAAAAAAGGGGGGAGGGAGUAAACGGCAAAACGUUCAAAAAUAUUUUCAGUAAGAAGCUUUUCAUUUCGUUCGCUUUUAUUAAAUUUAAAGAAUAUUUAUUGAAAGAGAAGUUUCGUACGAAAAUGUUCUCGAUAAAUCGACAGUUUUCAGGAUAAUCGAGGGAUCUGGAAAAUCAUUUGAAAAACGAAACAAAAAGUUGUGAGAAGCGCUUUCCAUUAUUUAUUUAAGCAUUAUUCGUUCAUCGACAUUUAUUAUAGGAAGAGGGCGCACUUUCUUUACCGUCGACGGGAUUAUUAGUCGAGUUCGAUUAAACGUGAAGAAGCUCAAACUCAAAGAGACGCGCGCGUUAUUUACCCCCGUGCCAAAAUACAACCAAUGAAAGGAAAGCUCUCGCCUUUCCGAAUAUCGUUAUCACGUUUCAUUUGUCGGUAUCGGAACACUCGCAACGUUGGUCGAACAUUUUCCAUUACCACGGAAGUACAUGGAACAAUUAGAACUCACCGGUCCUAGUAAUGCAAACCUAGGGAAAAUGUUCUCUAACAUUGGAGGGCCAUUGAUAGACUGUGGAUUUUGUUUAUUUAUGACAGACACGAGUACAUCAAAUGCAACACACGGUAGAAACACUUACAGAAUUAAAAAUACUGUUGCGUUAGUUUUCACUCAAUGAAAGAAUUAAAGAAAUCAUGGAAUGUUUACGUCACUUCUGUAUCUUGCAAUUAAUGUAGAGAAUUUUUAUUUUGCGUCCAGUCAUUAACUACACGCUUUUAAAAGUGUAGGUGAGAAAAAAUUCCUACUUUAAAAAUACUUUUUUUUUUAUUCUGAACAAAUAUCAUAUUCUCACAAUAUUAUUUCUUGUUAACGAAAAUCUGCAGCAAGUAUUCUUAAAUGAUGCGAACACGAAAUAAUCAAUAUUCCUUAGUUGUACAAGUUAUAAAUAUUAUGCAAUAUAUAUUAAAAUAAUUUUGCCAAAAUAACGGAGAUAUUAUGUACUAAGAAAUUUUCCUUCGAAACGAGUCAGUAUAAUACAUAGUACUUGAACGUGAUCGAUUAAAGAAACUUAAGCUGAAAUAAUUCUGCAUCAAAUACGUUUUUCAUACACGCAAAACAAUUAGGAUAUAGCUGGCAGAUGUCUAUACAAAAUAAAAAUUUCUUACUUUAAUUGUAACAAACUGUUAAAUAGAGAUGUAUUUUCUUUUCUAAUUAUUUUAAUAGGUUGGAGACAAUAUAACAAUGUUCUUAAAUUCUUUGAAUACCAUUUACUCUUUCGAAUGUUACCUAUUCACAUUUCUCAUAAAAGCAAAGCAAUCAGCAGAUUAUGGACCUCCUUUGCUCGCGUGUGUUGACCCGAAAACGGUCAAAAAGUGCGUAAUCGAAUUUCGAGCAAACGUUUCGAGAUUCCGGCCGACCAUCGAGCGAAUCGAAGCGUGACUGAAAUCCAGUGUCAUAAGUUGUGAACGACGCCGAUCGUCGCGGAUUCGACGGUCGCGCGCGAUCGAUCGCGGAACCGGACAUUAUUAUUAUUGUUGUUGUUGUUUGUUUGUUUAGUCUAUUCUCUGACGGGUCUCGUCAUGUUGCCCGGCUUCGUCGGGAGAAGUUUGUGCGUCGCGACGCGGCGGCGUGGCGCGGCGUGACGAUUCAAUGGAUCGUCGUGCUUCCAUUCGAUCGCGAGUCCUAUGAAAUAUCUAUUUUUAGAUGUAAAUCGGGUUAUGAUGUCGUAGACGCAUCCACCAAAAAUUCUGGUCCAGAAUACCGCAGACUUAUAGAAAAUUCAGCAAAACACGAUUUACGUUUAGAAAUUUACAACAUUCUGUAUCUUGUAAUUUCCUUUCGUGUCAGGAUAUCUAUAACGUUUGUUUAUAUAUAUAUAUAUAUAUUUAUGACAUCGUUAAAUAUCUUAUUAAGGUCUCAUCGGUGAUUUGCACAUAAUCGAAUUUGAAUGUUUAUUUAACGUUUUUAAUCAAGCAAGACCCAGAUGUUUAAUAAUUAUAAUUUGAAAGGAAGUUUUAAUUGACCACGGUUCUUAAGGUUGAAUAAAAUACUUUUCGUGUAUCUGGAAGAUUGAAAUUUUCUUUUCAUCAUUUAGCAAAAUGGACGUGCGGAUAUCGCAGACACUGAAAGGAAACGGCUCAUUCGAUAUUGAACGACAGAAUGUGAUCGAAUGUGUAAUUAUUUAAUCGAGACGAAGUCGCGGCAACGUCGCUGUAUCAGACUCGAGGAAGAGCGAGCAGGACGUGUUGCAUAAAAGCACGCACAAGUGCAUUUAACUCUUUUUGUUAGCUCAAUAGGUAGCGUAAGCGGAUGCAAUACGGAGGACAGGUGUAUUAUUAACGACAUUACUUUUUAUUAUUAUUAAUUCUCGUAAGAUCGCGUUUAACCAAAAGUGAAUAGAAACGAAAACGACGAUGCUCGUACCUUGUAUCACAAUUACUAACUUGUCCUAUCCACGUCCAAAUGAAAUUGUUCUUUCUACACGCAUAUAGAUGUAUGCGCGGAUAUUAAUAUUUAUAUAUGUGCAUGUAUAAAAUACGAUAUCUUAUAUAUGUACGAAUGUAAAAUUAAUAUCUGUGCGUAAUCAUAAAUAUGUAUAUAUAUAUACGAAAUGAAAUAUAUAGAUAUAUAAAUAUAUAUUUAUAUACGAUACACUUAUAAAUAUAUUCUGUUGUACAUAUUGUCUCCUCGAGAACCUCUUCUACUUAAUGCUAUUGUAAUUUUUGUAUACUUAGAGCCUGUAUACUUCAGCGUAAUUUUAAUAAAAAUGAAUAAUAUAAA